GAGGGUGGUGGACCUGCAGCGCUGUAGAAAGUGAGACGGACAGAGAGAAGCAGCAGAGACAAAAACACACACAGCCAACCUGACUGCCACUUCCUCUCACAACACACACACACACACACACACACACACACACACACACAUAGAAAGCAGCUGGGCCAAGGAGCGAACCUAAAACUCACCAGACAUACACUGAUUUCUCUCUCAAACACACUUGAUCAUCAUCAUCAUCAUCAGCAGCAGCAGCAGCAGCAGCAGCAUGUUUCAGUGGAGGCUGCCCCAGGCAGUGUGUGUGCUGUCAGUGUGCGCGUGUCUGCUUCUCGCGUACGAGGAUGAUAUCGAGGUCAACUACGCGGACACCUACUACAAUGAAAUCACAGAGGGAGAAACACCACAACCCACGCCGAGCUCUGCACCCUGCAGCUCCUCAGACCUGACCAAGUGGGACAAAAUGUUCUCGAUGCUGGAGAACAGUCAGAUGAGGGAGAACAUGCUGCUUCAGUAUGCUGAUGAAAUCGUCAAGGUGGAGAUGGGGUCACUGCGCGGAGAAAUGCUCAGGUCUGUUGCCCAGUACGGUGGCUCCUGUGGGAUGGCAGUGGAGACAGUGGGAAGAAGGAUGGCCUCGCAACUCGAGUUUCGCAUAAGGGAAACCCUUGAGCGCCUCAAAAUAGGAGGUCAGACGUCUGCCGCUGCCGGGAAUUCUGUAGAGAAUUCCGACAACCUGGAGCCGAUGCUGCAACAGCUCCUCUCUGCGGCGCGGACACAAUCUUCCCGACUCACCAAGCUGGAGACCGGCUGCUUCAGCAGCGCUGGAGCCGGAAUGGGCAGGAAUACCAAGACGGGAUUCCAGAUCGCAGAGAGUGGAGGUGCCGGGCACCUGGAGCAGGCGGUCACAUCGCAUGAGGUGGCCCUGGAUGGAGUGCUGGCUGCGCUGCAACAGACGAGGGAGGAGCUGGAGGAGGUGGUGGGGUCAUUGAGGCAAAGAUACCUACCCGCAGGCUGUGAUAUGGCCCUCCUCUUCCCAAUGCGAUCCCGACGAAUCUACACCUCCGUCAUACCAGAAGUCCCUCUCUCCAUCUCCUCCUUCACCAUCUGCAUGUGGUUGAAGCCGACCACCGUCUCCAACAAAACUGUGCUCUUCUCCUACGGAAACCGUCGCAACCCAUAUGAGAUCCAGCUGCUGCUCGGCCAAAACUCUGCGCUCUUCACCAUCGGAGGAGAGGCUCAUCUGGUGGAGGCACGGGGCGUGGUGAAACCUGGAGAGUGGAUCCACUUGUGUGGGGCUUGGUCCUCCCAGCAGGGUCUGGCAACCCUGUGGGCAGAUGGGAAAAAGGUGGCCUCCACACCCGGAGUGGCUGAGGGACACCUCAUACCAGCCGGGGGCUCCCUCCAGCUGGGGCAGGAAAGGAAUGGCUGCUGCCCUCAGUCUCCAAGCAGCGGGAGCGGCCUGGAAGGUUUUGAGGGAGGGUUCGAUCCCAAGCUGGCGUUCGCCGGGAAGAUGACAGGAGUGAAUAUGUGGGACAGGGUGCUGUCAGAGGAGCAGAUUUCCCAGCUGGCUUCGCUGAAAGGUCAGGGCUGUGAGCAGAGAGGAAACAUGGUGGCGUGGGGCAUGACGGAGAUGGUGCCUCACGGAGGCGCUCAGUUCAUCUACUAACCGACUCUUUGAGAUCUUCAUCACCAUCAAAAUGACCAUGGUCAUCCUCGUCAUCUUCAUAUCAGCAACAUCAUAGUACGGUUUUUCAUGCUAGAAUUGAAGAGAGCAUCUCACAUGUGCUAUAAUCAAACUUAUACCCUUCCCUAUAGUUAAAUGUCUGAAAUAGUAUGUUGUUAUCAAGUUUUAUUCAUCAUCUUCAUCAUCAUUAUUCAUAUGAAACACAUUGACGCUGCAAUGAACUCUACUGGACGUGUUCGAAUGAGAGGAAGUGAAUGCUGUGAGAGACUGAAGUUUAUUUUUGUAACAUAACCUUUUGAACCGAGGCCAUAACACACAUACACAUACACACACACACACGCACACACUCGGACACACACACACACACACACACACACACACACACACACACACACACGUGAAAUCAGUUUAUAAAACGUGCAGUGGUGCAGGAAACGUGCUGCAAGCAACAUUUACCAAAGACUUAAUUAGACUGUAAGAAAGACAAAGAGUCUAUUGAUAAAGUGAAUGGGUAAACAGAGUAAUCACCACAGAGCCGCGCAGGAGAGCAAAAUGAGAGGUCACAAACAAUUACAAGAGAUCAUAUUUUAAUUGUAGAAUGACAUGUUUUUGUUUUAUUAAGUAAUAAUGCAGUUUCCUUCUUUCUAUUUUUUGUGCAAGUGCAGUUAAUAUCAAUGCAAAACCCAUUUCCCCUUUGUAUUUUACUUGGAAACAUUGACAUAACAAAUUAUUUCCUUUUGCAGUCGAGGAGAUACAUUUAUCAGAGGCUAAAAGUUGACUGUCAUCAAUCGUCAUAACAACUGAAAGAAGAAGUAUCAUACAAAUGCAAUUAUUAUGUGUUUUAAUGUAACGCAUGUGAUUUAUGAAAUACUUGUGCGACUGAAAACUGCUGUACUUGCUUACACUUCAAGCAUGGCCACAUAGUGAGUAGAAAUAACUUCAAACAAAAUGAUAAUUUUUUAUCAUCAUUUUCUUGAAAUUUGUGAAAUGGUUUAAAGCAUCUUACAUUUCCAAAUGUGUACCCUUCAAAGUGUUUACAGGCAUAUGAUAUAAUUCCAGUUCUGCUUUGUUGCUGUUGUUUUUUUUGUCAGUAGUUCUCAUUUAAUUGUAGGGUAAUAUAUAUGUCUUCUUUUUUGAUACUGCAUAAAGUAAGUCAGCAAAACUUUUAUUUGUCAUUGGAGAUCGCGAUUUUUUUUCUGAGAAUGCUAAAGAAACUGAGGAUAAUGUUUACACAAUGUAAUCUUUUAUGAACUAAGUUGUCUUGUAAUAUAAUGUAAAUUGCUUUUGUUUGUUUGUGUAAAGGUGAACGUGAAUGUAUUUUGUACAUAAAUAUAUUUUGCAUAACAUGACUGGAUGAAUGGAGAGUUAUGAAUAAACAUUUUAAACAUUUUA